AUGCUUAGUCGCGCCAUUCUGCCGCUGGCAAGGGCCCGGCCAGUGCCCUCCUCAGCUCUCCGAGUGCCCAUCAUCACAUCCAGCCCGAGUUUCCGGUCAUAUGCCCAGAACAAGAAGCCUCGAACCCCAUAUGUCCUUCCUGGCCAGAAGCUGAAAAAGGAUCAGGCCACGCCCAAGCCAAACAGCAAAAACGCCCAGUCGAAUGCCCCUAAAAAUGCUUCCUCAGAGCCAUCGUCUGAGCCCGAUAUUUCUCCUGAGCAACCCGAAUUCGACACGGUUGCUCAAGAAAAACAAAAGCAAGACAAACCCCAGAAACAACAACCUCUUCCAGAUUUGACUCAGGGUAUCCCAUCCACAUUGGGAGCAGAGCUUGACGCCGCGCGCAAAGGCCGCCCUGUGAGCUCCCUCAACUUGACGGAAGACCCAUCUCACCACGAAGAAUACGAAGAGAAAGAUUCUGGUGACAGGUCCAACAGUGCUUACGAGUCGUCCUUGGAUCGCCGAAGAGCCCGUGUUGCCAAGGUGAUGUAUGCGAUAAUACUCGGUGCCGGUGCUGGUGGAACAUUGUAUUUGGGUCGCAAUUGGGACUCCGAUGAGGAAGCAAGGUUUCACAAAGACGCUCCAUCCGGAUGGGGCGUCGGGCUUUUCUGGGAUCGUAUCAAGGCCCGUUUGGACGGCCUCACCAGCUACUACAAGGACCCUGCUUUUGAGAAAUUGCUCCCUGAUGAGGACGAAACGCAGAGACAACCUUACACUUUGGUAUUGAGUUUGGAAGACCUCUUGGUCUUCAGCGAAUGGACAAGAGAACAUGGUUGGCGAGUUGCCAAGCGACCUGGCGUCGACUACUUUUUGCGUUAUCUCAACCAGUAUUACGAACUGGUUCUCUUCACCAGCGUUCCUAGCAUGAUGGCAGAUCAAGUUUUGCGGAAACUAGACCCUUUCCGAAUCAUUCGAUGGCCCCUGUUCCGUGAGGCGACUAAAUACAAGGACGGAGAAUAUGUCAAGGACCUUUCAUACUUGAACCGCGAUCUUUCCAAAGUCAUUCUUGUCGACACCGUUCCUGGCCAUGCCCGCGAGCAACCAGAAAACGCCAUCAUACUCCCCAAGUGGAAAGGAGAUAACAAGGACAAGUCCCUUGUUGCUCUGAUUCCAUUCUUGGAAUACGUGGCUGGAAUGAACGUCGAAGACGUGCGCCCAGUCAUCAAGUCCUUCGAGGGAACAUUCAUUCCUGCCGAGUUCGCCAUCCGAGAAAAGAAAAUGCGCGAAAAGUUCCAGCAACAACUAGAGGAGGAGCGAAAGAGCCGUCCUCAUCGCGGUGUCGGUGGCCUGGCUUCCAUGCUAGGCCUGAAGCCACAAAGCGCGCUUGACGGCCAGAGCUCGAUGGCCGAUGGUUUGGAACAGGGCAAGAUGCUCUGGGAUCAAAUCAGAGAGCGUGGCCAGCAGAACUACGAAAUGAUGGAGAAGGAGAUCCGUGAGAACGGUGAAACAUGGCUGAAGAUGAUGGCUGAGGAAGAAGAAAAAGCACGCGAUGAACAAAUGAAGAGCAUGAGGGGCAGCUUCACCAGCUUCUUUGGUGCCAGUGAAUCCGGUGAUGGGAAGAAAUAA